AUGGAGACAGGCUGGAGCGAGAUUCCAGGAUUCUUGGGGAGAGCGCUGCGCCCCCUAGAGAAGGACUCUUACCCCCUACCCCCACAAUUCCGGGUUCCAGCUUCGGAGACCGCACUGACACGCACAUUCAGGGGGCACCCAGCCGCCGGCGCCGGCGCCUCCCCUCUCCGCAGUCCCCGGCUCCCCGCUCCCGCCCCUCGGCAGGGGGCCCGCGCGCCGGCGCCGUGGGGGAGGGGCGCGCACGUGCCCGCGCCGCCCCCGCCCAGACAAUGCCCCGGAGAGCAGCGCGCACGCCCGGCCGGUCCCCUCCCGCUCGCGCCAACACUCACCCGUUCCCCGGUCUCCGGCAGAAGCGCAGGCCCCGCUGGGCGCCGCGAGAGGGCACGGGCAGAAGAAGAGGCGAGUUCCAGCUCCAAGUUUGACAGAAUAUUCAUGCUGCCUGCAUUUAUGAAGCUUCUCCAAUGCAGAAACUGAGGCUUGCAAAGAUUGGGACUUAUCUACGUCACACAGCUAGUGAGUGACAAUCCACCAAGUCCAGUUUUCCUCCUAAAUAUCUCUUGAGCCCACCCUUCCCUUUUCUUCUCCCUGUGCCACCCUGCCCGAGACUGCUGUGGCCUCCCGACUGGUCUCCAGGGAUCAUUCUGUUCUCACUAUGCAAAGAUUUACCACCGGAGCUGGAUGACAGCUUUUAGAGGGGAUUCACUUUAUAAUUUUUUUGUACUUUACAUGUAUGGUAUCAAUUUUUUGGAUGUAUUUAAUGCUUAAUAAAAAUGUUUUAAAGGAUUUAUUCCUUUAUCUCCAAUAGCAA